AUGAGUAUUGAUCAGAUAGUAGGAUGGGAGCAAAUGGUCUACUGGAAACACCAGGUCCCGCCCCAUUUCACCGACCACACGUACGCCACAAAGCACGGCGUCGCGCUCGACCUCCGUAUCUUCCCUUCCCAGACCCCCUCCUCCACUCCCGCUCCUUGGGUCCUCUACACUCACGGCGGCGCCUUUGCAGCAGGCAAGCACUACCUCCCCAACGCAUGGGUCGUCCCCGGCUUCCGCUCGCGUGGCGUACACGUCGUCAGCGUCGCGUACCGGCUCAUACCGCACGUAGAUCUUCAGGGGUCGCUGGAUGACUGCGUGGACGCCUGGAAGUGGUGUAGGGAGAAUCUACCCGCUUUGCUAGGAGAAGAGGCGGUGGACGUGGAGAAGUGCAUCGUAGCGGGGGAGAGCGCAGGAGGGACGCUCUGUACGCUCCUCGGCCAUGUCCUCAACCCACCGCCCAAAGUGGUCGUCGACAUAUACGGUCUCGUCGAUUCUACGGAGGUCCGGGAACGGUCAGCGGUGGACCAUCAGCCUCUUACGGAAGGCUGGUCUGAGGAAGAAGUAGCGGACGUCAUCAAGCGCGCGGAUCCGGCCGAGGCGAUCACGGUCUGCCCCUUCCAAUUCGACAUCCCCGUCGAGGAGAUCAGGGCGCAGUGGGGUGUACCAGAGUAUGAGUACACCCGGCGGCAGGUGUUUCAGUACGAGAUCAAAAAGUACCUCCGGACAAAGGACCUCUUGUUUGACGUGAUGUACCGCUUGACGGGGCAGGAGGGAGCGGAGGAGAAGGAGCGCAAGUUGAAGGCAUUGUCGGCGUACUGGAUGCUGGAGGGGAAAAAGACGUACCCACCGACGUACUUUCUGCACGGAAGGGCGGACCCGGUCGUUCUCGUCGGGCAGGCGGAGCGGAUGGCGCAGAGGCUCAGGGAGAUGGGCGUACCGGUGGGAGAGUCGUAUGAGCCAGGAGAGGCGCAUGAGUUCGAUAACAAGUACACUGGUCCCGACGUCAGGGGAUGGGACGAGUACAUCUUGCCGAUACUCGACUUUGUCGAUGAGUACGCAAAGUAG